AUGGCGACAGACCGAGCAUCGAGCCCGUUGUGGCACCAAGCUUUAGAGAAGUACCGAGACGAGCUUCGAGGGGCAGGAGAUUACGAUGCGAUCCAAAAAGUCCGCACCCUUGACGAGUUGAUCGAUUCAUUCGCGUCAAUGCAGGACGCUGCUCCAAGUAAUUACGCUGGAGUGCUCUCUCUUAGCAGGAUCGCUCCAAGGCUCAAGUUUGUCGACGACUUUUCGGCAGUGCUAGCCCUGUGCUUCGGCGCUGAUGCGGGCCUGACUGCCGCUGUUUGGGGCAGUAUACGGUUGAUCCUUUCACACGCCUCGUCAGCCGCAGAGACGCUCCAGGACAUCCUCGACAUGUUGGAGGAGCUCAGCUUGACACUCCCGAGACUUCAAGUCUACGAACAGACGUUGCCACCGAGCCGCCAACUCCAGCAGGCCUUGCUGGACGUGUACUGCGAAAUCAUUUGCUUCUACGCCCGGGCCAUUCACUUUCUUCACAACAACCCCCAUCUAGUUCUCAGAAAGAAUGCAUGGCAGUCCUUUCGCAGUGAUUUCUCCCGGACGAUCAUGCGUAUAAAGCGCAUGUCGUCGACUGUCGAGAGCGAAGCCGACCUGGCGCGGAUGCGCAACGAUGGGCUCCAGUAUAAAGAGGUGCUGGAGCUCCUGACCACCAUGAAAAUGAAGGCGUCGGGCGACGGAAAGCCAACACAGUAUAACAAUAUCCCGUUUGCGGCCAACGCCAGAUUCAGCGGCCGCGAUGAACUCCUCGCGGCUAUUGACGAGACCAUCGGUCCAGACAGUGCUGCAACUUCGCUCAAGUCCGUGGCGUUGGUCGGCAUGGGAGGUGUUGGCAAAACACAGAAUGCGAUGCGAUUCGCAUACCGGAAUCUGGCCAAGUUUGACGUUGUUCUGUGGGUUGCAGCCGACAAUGCCAUUUCAAUUGGGCAGACCUUCCGCACCAUCGCUACCGGAUUGGGCCUCCACGAAAGUGAGGAGAGGGUAGACGCGGCUGCGGCGAUCUACAAGGUGAAGCAGUGGCUGGCAACAUCGAGGUCUUCGUAUCUUCUCGUUUUCGACAAUGCCGACGAUAUUGUCGCCCUGAAAACGGCGUGGCCGGGGACGGUCCGAGGCUCGGUUCUCUUGACCACGCGAGACUUCACCGUCGCCAUGCCACUAGUCACCAAAACAAUUUCAGUUAGCCCACUGAGUGUUGACGACGGCAGCCGAAUGCUGUUGAAAGCGAUUGACCAAGAUCGCCCGUCGUCAGAGGACGAAUUACACGCUCGUGCGAUAAGCAGGAUUUUUGGCGGACUGCCCUUGGCUCUUACACAGGUCGGCGGGUUCGUGAAGCAGAGAAAGCUGUGCCUGCGAGACUUUCUGCCACUUUAUCGGCGCCACGCUACCAAAAUCGAUGCAAGGAAGGCCCCUGGGAGCGAUUACGAGCAUACUCUGAGCACGGUGUGGGACGUGUCCUUGGAGAAGUUGACCGACAUGUCGGUUCGAUUUCUGAAUCUACUCUCUUUCUUCGACCCGGACGGUAUUUCCGAGGAAGUCCUGCUGCGGGGGUCACGGGACAUCGGGGAUCAAGACUUUUUCUUUCUAUCUGACGAGAUGGACGUUGGCGAUGCCUCCGAAGAACUCCUCAGAACGUCGCUUGUCGACCGAACAGCCGAGUCCGCAAGCUUGUCGAUGCAUAGACUGUUGCAAUCAGCAGUCCAAAAGAGGCUCGACGAGUUGGAAAGCACCCGGUACAUCGACCUUGUGGUUGACUUGCUCUGCUGGGGAUUCCCGGAUCACUCGAGCGUCGACAUUGGUCACCAAAUAGCAUCCUGGACACGCUGCGAGAAAUGCCUACCACACGUUAACUAUCUAGUCCAGCUGGUCAAGAAUCAGGGUAAGAGCCCGGGAGAUCAUCGAAAGUACGCUGACCUCCUGCUCCGAUGCGGCUGGUACCUCUACGAGAGUGAGAUGUACACUAUUGCCAAGGCAAUGGUUGAGCAGGCCGUUUCUACCUUUGAGAACAAGACAAGUCUAGAGUAUGCGAGUGCCAUUGACCUUGGCGGGCUGAUAGACCUUGAUCUAGCGCAGCCUUGCAAAGCUUUGGAGCGCUUCAAGCAAGCUCUGGAAAUCCGCAAGGCCAGUCUCGGACCAGAGGACCCGUUCAUUGCAUACAGCCUAAACAACAUGGCCCUGGCGUAUUGCGAGAUGGGCGAGUUGGACCUCGCCUUCGCCGCGCACGAAGAGGCAAUUCGUCUCAGGCUCGCGGCCAAAAGCGACAGGAUCGGCAACUCGUACAGCAACAUGUCGAGUCUCCUUCUCCGCAUGGGUCGUCCUGACGAGGCCGAAGAGAUGCUUGCCAGAUGCCCAUCCUUGAAAGACUUUAACGAUGAGACUUUCCUUGCCACCGGUAAUCCUCGCUUCUCCGGCGAUAUGGUCUUGCUUUCUCGCAUUCGCCAUGCGCAGGGACGAAUGGGCGAUGCUUUGAGGCUGGCGUCCAAGGCCUUGGCCUUCCGCCGGAAGCUGCUCGGCAACCGCCUCAAGACAUGCGAUUCGCAGUACGACGUUGCUUCCAUGUUGUUGAAGCAGGGCCACGAGAGCUCAGCCAUACAGCUACUGGAAGAAGUCGUAGGCAUGUCGGAAACGUUCGUUGAGGGGGAGGGCCAGCGGGCACGAGCCCUGUACAAGCUUGCGGAGGUGUAUGGAAGCCGAGAGGGCAUGCGUGCGGAAUGCUUGGCCUUUGAAGAAAAGGCACUGGCCCUGCGAGCAUCGUUGCGACCGGACCUUCAAGACGCUCCGUUUGAGGAGGCCGAGUUUUCCAAGUUGUGUUUAUGGAUGCUGUGGUAG